AUGCCGCAACCACCCAUUAUCAUUGUGGGUGCAGGUAUCACGGGCCUAGUGCUGGCGCAAACCCUUAAGAAGCACUCCAUCCCUUUUAUUGUCUACGAGCGGGACCCCAAUCCGCUGUACCGGGGCAAGGGCUGGGGUAUUACCAUCCAUUGGGCUCUUAAAUCGCUAAUGGAAUGUCUGCCCCGUCACAUCUCCGAUCGCUUGCCGGAGGCAUACGUCGAUCCCGAAGCGACUCGCAAUGGCGAAAAUGGACACUUCUUGUUCUUCAACUUGCGCACCGGCGAGGCGCUCUGGCAAGUACCACCCAGUUGCAGAAUUCGCAUGGCUCGUGAGAAGUUUCGAAGACUCCUGAUGGACGGGAUUGAGAUCCAGUGGGACCACACCUUCCACUCUUUUGAGGCCUCAGACGAUGGUGCAGUGAGAGCAACUUUCAACACUCCCAACGGGGCGCACACGAUAGAAGGCUCCAUCAUUGUCGGAUGCGACGGCUCUCAUUCACGCGUUCGUGCGUCUCUCUUUCCUGCCCCGUCCAUGCAUGAAAAUUACCGUUUGCCGGUCCGACUCCUUGGCGUGAGUACCAUCUAUCCCGGCAAGCUUGCCACCAAAAUGCGUGCCCUGGAUCCCUUUUUCUUCCAAGGAGGUGACCCGCUCACAAACGCGUCCCACUGGUUUUCAUUCCUGGACAGCCCAGAGACAAGCGGCCGCGGCGAUGAUACCCGAGACUGCCAGAUCCUCGUCUCCUGGCCGCACCGCCGGGGGUUCUUAGGCAAGGAUGCACCGUUGGACGUUCCCACGAAGAGUCGUGAGCGUGUAGCGUUCAUGAAAAUGGUGGCCAGCAGCUGGGCAGAGCCGUUUCAUGAGAUUGUCCAGUCCAUCCCAGAAGAGGCGGAACCGAAGACAAUAUCUCUAGAGGACUGGGUACCCCCACACGACCAGUGGACCAAUGUUCCUGGAUCGGAUCACGUCGUAUUGGUAGGUGAUGCUGCGCACGCCAUGACAAUGUACAGAGGCGAGGCGGCCAACCACGGCAUUUUGGACGUGGAGUCGCUCUUGUCCGCGGUACUGCCAGCACUUAGGGCAAGCGAAGACGCUCUUGGGGAGCACUUGAAGGAGGCGUGUAAGAUCUACACCCAGGGAAUGGUGGAGAGAACAGCGCCAGCGGUCCUGAACAGUCGGCAGGCAUGCUUAGACGCUCAUGUCUAUGAAAGGAUAAAUGAUGACAGUCCUUUGAUACAGAUGAGGGCUGCAAAUGUACAGGAGCCGGCCUUUGCUAGAGAACCUGUUUUGGCUGCAUGA